CCGAGGUGGACUCACCGGAGAGCGACAGUAAGGAUGAAGCUGUCUGUGUUGUUGCUCUCGGCCCUGCUGGCUCUGUCCUCAGCCAGUCUGCAGGACAUUGUGAAGAAGAGCAUACAACUCAGAAAAGUGUCCUUAUUGAAACCAGAGGUGGAGGGCCGGGUCCCUGAACCAACUGGUAACAGAAAGGUGUUGGGUCCUCUAAAUCCUGCUGAUCUGGAGCAGCAACAGGAUCUGCCUUCCUCCUUCCUCUUUGGCGAUAAUGUCAACCUGCAGUGGCUGACCUGGGAUGGAUCUCUGCCCAAUGGAGCCGUUUCCAUCUACAACGGCUAUACCGAGCGUAUUGACUAUGUCUGCAAGUACAAGUGUGAGGCUGGCUUUUAUAACCCUAACCUGGGUCCUUACUGCCGCUACCCCUAUGGUGACCGUGAGUAUUACGCCCCUGAGUUUGAGAUCCUCGCUAACAAGGACAACUUUGAAUUCCUGGAAUGGAAGGAAGGCUCCUACGGUUCACUGCCACAACAUUCAGUGAGGACGUGUGCAGGAGUUGACAUCUACGUUGGAAAGAACAAGUACGGUCUCGGGAAGGUUGUUCCUCAGUUUGAAGCCUUCUUCCUGCCCUGGGAAGGUGAUGAGUACUGGUAUAAGAAUUACCAGGUCCUGGCCAUCAACAGGGACACCUACACCCAGCACAUCUCUGAUGUUAAGUACGGCAUUGAUGAGGUCACCAUCUUCCAGUAUCCUCCUGAGACCAUGCGUAUCUCUGGUAUCACCAACAAUGAGUGCCAGACAGUGGUGAAGACAGUCACCAUCACAAAGACCUCAGAGGUAGAGACUACCUGGAACAUCGGACGAGCCACGAUGCUUGGUGUCACGGGCAGCAUCACAGCCGAAAUCCCCUUCAUCGGCUCCGGGGGCAUUGAGCUUGGUGCUGAGAAGACGCUGCAGUUCUCCAGGGGAACCACCGUAAUCGAGACGCUCAGCCACUCCGUGUCUGUGGAGCUCAGAGUCCCACCAAACCACACCUGCAAAGUCCGCAUGGAGGGACGCAAGAUCAAAGCCGAUAUCCCCUACACGGCUCGCCUCAGCCGAACCUACCGCAACGGAGAAACCCAGUGGACCACCAUCACCGGGACGUACGACGGCGUCCAGAUCGGAGAAGUCCGGGCAGUGGUGGACCGGUGCGAACCUGUCAUAGAUGCCAAGCCUUGCCCCUAAAACCUGGGAGAAGAUACACGAAAUAGUAUUUUUCUGAUCUUAUCUGGUGAUUGUGAUAAUGGAAGCAAAUGAUAUGUCACAAUAAAAAAUACCACUCAUGUCUUUGUUGGUAAAUUUAAAAUAUCUUUCAUGUGCGCAAGUGUAUGAAUUUAUUCAAAAAUAAAGCAA